AUGGAAAAUUUUCAUCUAUUUAUUCAACAGUUUCUUCUCUCUCAAACCGUAAGGCAGAAACCUAAGGAAAAUCAAAGUAGAAGACUUUCAUUCAAGAUUCUUCUUCAAGAUGUGGCGGUGGAAGAGAAGGAAGGAUUCUUCCGAUUCUUGGAAAAAAUCGAACUAGAUGGAGCUGCGGAUGGACAAGAGAGAACACUGGCAGUAGAGAUUCAUCCUGAAGGGGUAAGGAAUAUUGUUGUGAGAAAGGGAAAUGCACAUGGUGAGGAUGAGCAUGAAUUGAAUGUGGAUACAUAUUGGAGGUAUAGAUUGACUGCUUUGACUAUGCCGGAGCUGGGCACGGUGGUAUUUGUGGAUGGAGAGCUGUUAGUGAUGGUGCCCAAGGAUGACCAAGGCCGUGAGAGUUUGAUAAUGGAUCUAGAGGUGUUUGGACAGACGCUGAACUUGUUCUUGUACAAUAGUUAUCAUUUUCACAUUUCAUGAAUCAAUUAAACAAACUACUAGUACAAAAGAGUAUAUGCUUUCUCAAACGAAAAUACUUCAACCAUAUACACGAUAUACUUGAACUUUAGCCUCAAAAAACAUCAAACAUUGUAUAAAGUUACACUUUGUCGAGACUAACUUUGAACAACACAUGUCCAAAGUUGUU